GGGCACUAACGUUAACCACACGACAGGGUUGUCUCCACCGCCGCAAGCGCUUUUGACGUGCGUCAAAACCAUAACCAACCACCGUCGCGAGCCAACAACAAGCAGCCGACAUAAAUACAUCUUCCCUAGACCAGAUCCUCAGGCCGACAAGCAGUUUACUCCGUUUCCGUCUACGACCCCGACGUCCUCUUCAAUACCCGGAGAAACCGCAACGACCGACGACAUCGUGACUACCAAGGCAAGAGACGCCGCAAGCGGUCAAGGAGCACAGGACAUGUCGAAACGAAGCAGCGUUGCCGGGGCUGCCGCGAAUGGCGCCGCGUCAAAAGAGGGUAGUCCGGUCAACCCGCCUUCAAUAGACAAGCAGAAGCUCCUACUCUCCGCCGACUCCGGCCACUUCUCCCUCAUCCGCGCGCUGCACCUAGCCGACUUCAUUACCGAGCUGAACGGCCUCUGCGGCAUCCUCUCCCUCUUCUCCUCGAUGCGCUACUGCCUCGGCGAUCCCACACACCACGGCAAUCUCUGGGCGGCGCUGGCCUUCCUGCCCUUCGGCCUCUUCUUCGACUUCCUCGACGGCAAAGUCGCGCGGUGGAGGAAGAAGAGCAGCCUGAUGGGCCAGGAGCUAGACUCGCUCGCCGAUCUGAUCUCCUUCGGCGUCUCUCCCGCCGCGGUGGCCUUCGCGAUCGGGAUCCGCACGCCGGUCGACCACCUGUGCCUGGCCUUCUUCGUGCUGUGCGGCCUGACGCGGCUGGCGCGCUUCAACGUGACGGCGACGUCGAUCCCCAAGGACGCCUCCGGCAAGGCGCGCUACUUCGAGGGCACGCCGAUCCCGACCACGCUCGCGCUCGACGCCCUCAUGGGCUGGUGGGUCGCCCGCGGCUGGAUCCACGCCGCCCUGCCCGGCGGCCUGUGGUUCGCCGGCUCUCCGCUCGAGGUGCACCCCGUCGUCGCCCUCUUCCUGCUGCACGGCUGCCUCAUGACCAGCAGGACGAUUCACAUCCCCAAGCUGUAGCCGGCUGUGGCGGAGGAGGAAGGGGGAUAUCUUCUUUCCUUUUUUUUCUCUGUUCUUGGGGAUAUAUCUCGGGUUCUUCACAGAGAGAGAGAGAGAGAGAGAGAGGACGGGUU